UCUCUCGUUGUAUAUAAUCAACGUAAUGUGUAUAUAUGCACGUAUAUGCCUAUACGUUUGUGAUCUUUCAUUUUGGUUGAACGUAUUUAUCUGUAUUUGCAUCAUUUUCCGGAUCCUCUCUCGCUGUAUAUAAUCAACGGAAUGUGUAUAUAUGCAAAUAUAUGCGUAUACGUUUGUGAUAUUUCAUCUCGAUUGAACGUAUUUAUCUGUAUUUGCAUCAUUUUUUGGAUUUUCUGUGUGAUCUAAUGCUCAUAUUGACUGUGAAUGAAUUGAUCUGAACUAUCUAGGUUUCUUACACUCGUGUGUGGAUUUGUGGAAUUUCUUUGUUAUGUGUUGGAAAUUCGUGGAUUGUAUGGAAUGUAUGCAAUGUCUAUUCAAAUCUAGUGGAGAGGAAAGGACCGGUGAUUAAUUUGUUUAUUUGAUGAGUAUUUCUCGUUCAGAGGCUUUAAAUUUGUUGAUCUGUUUCUUUGCAUUAGGCAAUUAGAGGUUAGUCCUUACUUGGCUACUGUGACAGCAAGCAGUUAAGCUACAUUGCUCUGAACUGAAUUAUGAAGAUCUCAAUUAGGCAUAGGUUGAUUCCACAGGUUAUUCAAAUGAUCUGGUAACACUGAGUGCAAGUGCUAGCAUUGAUCAGAGGACAACACUUGAUUUAGCGCUGUGGUUGUUUCAAAAUGGAAUCUGAUGGAAUGUUGCAAGUCAGCAUCAGAGAUGAUGAGGUUGAUAUUGUUAUAGGUGCACUCCAACAUGAUCUUACACAAUUUAUGGAGGAAUGGAGACCUGUGUUCUCCCGUUUCCACAUUAUAAUUGUUAAAGAUCCUGACCUCAAAGAAGAAUUGAAGAUCCCCAGUGGAUUUAAUUAUGAAGUCUAUACACAAUCCGAAAUGCAACGUGUUAUGGGGUAUUCAGCUGUUAAUUUCUCUGGCUAUUCAUGCCGGUAUUUUGGUUAUCUUGUUUCCACCAAGAAAUACAUUGUCUCUGUUGACGACGAUUGCCUUCCUGCAAGAGAUGAUAAGGGCAAUCUUGUAGAUGCAGUUGCUCAACACAUCACCAACCUCGCAAAUCCAGCUACCCCAUUUUUCUUUAACACUCUAUAUGACCCUUUCCGUGAAGGAGCAGAUUUCGUUCGUGGCUACCCCUUUAGCUUGCGAACUGGUGUAUCAUGUGCUCUGUCAUGUGGACUUUGGCUUAACUUAGGAGAUUAUGAUGCUCCUACGCAGGCCAUCAAACAAAGGCAGAGGAACACCAGAUAUGUGGAUGCUGUUCUUACUGUCCCAGCUAAGGCCAUGAUGCCCAUGAGUGGAAUCAACAUAGCUUUUAACCGUGAGCUGGUUGGACCUGCCUUGCUGCCAUCUUUCAGGCUGGCAAAUGAAGGGAAGCUGAGGUGGGAAACCGUGGAAGAUAUAUGGAGCGGAAUGUGCGCUAAGGUAGUCUGUGACCAUCUAAGGCUUGGUAUGAAAACCGGGCUUCCAUACGUUUGGAGGAAGGAAAGAGGCAGUGCCAUUGACAGUUUGAAGAAAGAGUGGGAGGGAGUGAAGCUGAUGGAGGAAGUGAUUCCAUUCUUCCAAACGGUGAGGGUGUCUCCACAAGCUGUAACAGUAGAAGAUUGCGUGGUUGAAAUCGCCGCAGCUGUGAAGCAGCAGUUGGGACAAAAAGAUGCCGUGUUCACACGUGCUGCUGAUGCCAUGAUAGAAUGGAUCAAGCUCUGGAAGACCAUUAAAGCUCAAAGAACUUAAAGAGUUGUGUUAAGAGUCAAACAGUGGAAAUAAUUGUCUUUACAUAAAGAGAAACUUUGUCCUGUUCAGAAUUCUUUUACAACAAUAAAUAUUCUUGGACGCUAACACUUGAAAAGGCACAACUCUCUCACAGACAGAGAUGGUUAAAGUUGCAUACUUCAUAAG